GGAUUUUCAUGACGUAAGCUUACAUGUAUCAACUAUUUCCCGCCUAUUUCAGACUUUUUUGUUCCGUUUGGUGGCAAUACUUUGUACAGCAAGUAAAGCUCAGUGAAAUUGCGAAAUGGCUCUAAUGCAAAAUCCAAAGUCGUCGGUUGAGGUUGUCAAAGAUACAAAGCAAUCUUUGGGAGUAGACGAAGACUCGCUCCAAUCGAUGGUCAAAGAUCCAAACCCAUCAAUGGCCAAAGAUUCAGCCGAAACGCUGGAGUUAGAUGCAGUCACCAUUGGCUCGCCAUCAGAGUUUGGAGAUGGAGAUCUUGGAGAUGUCAAGGCUGGCCUGGACUGCCGUGGGGCAAACGCUAAAGAUCAGGACAGAGACGGAGAUGUUGAUGAGGUUACUAAGAGGACCGCAGACAUGAGUGCAAGGCCGAAGAAUUGUCAACCAGAGCAGCACCAGUUAGGCCUGUCAAUUCUCAAAGAUUCUCAUGGCAAUGAUGAAACCAUUGCUGCUCGCGAUCAAGUGAUAAAGAAACCGAACAAAAAUUGUGCAAGACGGCAAGUUAGUGCAAGGGGGGAGGAGUUGACGAGCACCGCGUUAAUGAAGAGGGGAAACGAAGAAAUCGCAGUCACAGAACGCAGGCACUUUUCAUAUGGAUAUGAAAUAGAUCAGCCAGCCCCAAGCUUCGCUCCAACAUUCAAGGGUUGCAAUAUUGGAAAUAUCCUCAAUGUAGGAGGCAAUUUUACGGGGACUUACUUGCCACCAGCUGGUAAGCCAGCUUACGACGCUUUGAAUAACCACGAGGUCACAACGGACAACGCCGGAAGCCUUUCGGAAAACUAUGAAGCUGUCCUGAAUUGUGAGGAAAAAAUUUCAAUGGAUGAUAUCAUGGAUAUUGCGGGGGAAAUUGGUGGGAACUGGGUGCAACUUGGUCGAAAAUUGGGAAAUAAUACGGCUGGUAUCGACAAUAUCAAGUUUCGUGGUCAUUUCGAUAGUCUGCAAGAAAUGUGUACGCUGAUGCUGGAAGAUUGGCAAGAGCGCGAAUCCAAAGAAGCAACAGUUUCAAACCUUGCAAACGCAUUGAUAAACAUAAGAUGCAGUGACAACAAAAUCGUUCCGGCAAUACUGGAAAAGUUGUCAGAGCGCCACAUGGCCAAUAAAUAGACAAUGAAAUCGUCCCGGCAAUACUGGAAAAAGUGUCAAAAAAGCGACCUCUAGAUAAAUCCCCAUAGAACGAGGCUCUUUUAGAAACUGUUUAUUUUGCACUGUCACGUCUUUAAAACCCUUUAGCCCCUGUAUCGCCCGUAGCCGCCCGAGCCGGAUCUCACUAUACCGCCCGUAGCCGGCCGUGUUUAACCCUUUAAAACUCAGCUCCCGCCCUACGAUAUCCAAGCGGCCGAGAAGAAAAGUAACACCACAGGGGCGGCGCUUCGAGUGUAAUCUUCAUUAUAAAACUCGUUCCUAGGUGGAUUGCAGUACAUUUUCCCGAGUAAUACAGGGCUAUAGCGAGUUGGCGAGUCAGCCUCCUGACCCCAUAAUAUGUAUUUAUGUACAGGAGACUACCAGGUUGUGUUUUUCGAUCGAUAUUAGGUUGGAUUAGCGUACAUUAGGGUUUCUUUAUGGAUUUUUUGAUUAUGUAGGAACUUCUAUUAUUUACUACAGGGCCUUUUUAUGAAUUUUCACUAAAUUGCUGAGAGGGUAAAUGCUGUCGAUACCAGGGGGUUAAAAUGAACAAUUAAUGAUAUCAUAUUGUAGGUAAAUUCAAAUUCAAAUUCAAAUUCAAAUUGUUUAUUACUCCUUAUAAAAGUACAUUUACAUUGGAUUUUUAUGUAAUAAACAUACAAGACGAUUAAAAGAACAGAACAUGAAUAAUGAACAUUUUACAAAAGCUACCAAAAAAAAAAAAAAUUAUUAUAAGCAGAUUAGACCCAUCACUCAUACAGUAAAUUGCAAAAUUUUGCUACCUUCUUAAUUACUUCCCCUUCAGAUGACAUCAAAUAAAUGAAAAUAUCUUUUUGCGAUAAACUUGACAAAUUUGGAUAUAGACAAUAACUGUAUUUAAGUAAUUGUUCACUCUCACUCGCAAAUUUGGGACACUUAAAAAAAAAAUGAAAUUCAUCACCAACUACCAUCCGACCUAAAUCCCUACAAUGUGAACAAAAUCAUUCACCCCUGGGGGUUUGUGGUUUACUAUUCGUGUUGUUUCAAUUUCUAACAUAUGAUUACUAACCCUAAAUUUAGUUAACGCUUUUUUAUGUUUAAAAUUUACAAUUUGGUCAAGAUAUGACUCAUAAUUAAAUUUGUUUUUAAAGAGAGAAUAUGUGUUAAAUUUCCCAGUUUGAUCACUUUUAUACCUCUCAAUAAAAUUCUUUUCCCAAUAA